GAGAGUGACAGCCAUGAAAGAAACGCGUCGGACUCUGGUGAAAAGCCUGAACCCGCAUUUAGUAUGUGUCCUAUGCGCUGGCUACUAUAUCGACCCUACAACAAUUGUCGAGUGCCUUCAUUCAUUUUGUCGGUCCUGUAUCGUCAAGUACUUGGACACCAKUCGAUUCUGCCCAAUAUGCGACGUCCAACUACACAAGACCCGUCCGCUAUUGAGCAUCAGACGGGACAAGAUAUUGGAACGACUAGUGUACAAAAUCGUGCCCGGGCUACAUGCCAAAGAGAUGGCCCGCAGGGCCUUACCGAACGUUGAAUUGUAUUUAUCGCCAGACGACCUUGUCAGUCUCGUAUUGCAGUAUCACAUCGAAGACACUAGUUCGCAAACAUUGGAUGUUGAAGAGAACGAAACCAACAAUGCAGUGAACCAAAAUUUAAAGGAUGCUCAUAAAAAGUUCCUCAAAUGUCCGGCUGCUGUUACUGUGGAACACCUGAAAAAGUUUUUAAUACUGAAAUACAACUUAACAGACCAACACCAGGUGGACAUUUUUCAUGCUUCUGAAAAUUUGUCCGAUGAUUUAUCCUUAAUAGACAUUGCUUACUGCUUCGAAUGGAAACAGACCUCACCAAUGGAAUUAUAUUUCCAAAUCCUAGAAAAAUCUACCAUUGCUGUUCCAAUCACAGAUGAAGUAGAGUUGGUCGAGGAAGUUGAUAUGGACGAAGAUUCUCAUAGUGUAGCAUCGUCUUCUUUACCCUUUAUGUCUUCCAAAAGUAUUUCUGAAAGCGACGAUGCUUCAAAUACAAGUUUGGAUUCAAAACCUUUAUUUGAGAGAUUGGAAUCAGAAAAGAUUUAUCGAAAAAGAAAACGAAAUCGCGUGAUCUCUGAUGAAGAACCAGAAYCAAAGAAGAGCCUAUUUGACACUCUCCUACAAAGUACAACAAAUAAUAACGAAAAUGAAGACAAGGAUUUUCAAGAGUCAGAUGAGGAUUAUUCUAAGUACGAACAAGAUAUAGAGGAGAUCAUCGAGGAAGAUGACGAUGAUGACAUUGGUCGUUUAAGGAUAUCUUCAAAUAUGUCUGAAGAUGAAGUAAAUAAUGACGAAACCACUAGUCAAAUGUUUGUCAUCGAUGAAGCUAUUGAAGAAAUCCCCGAAGAAGAAAAAUGUGAAAAAGUAAUCAAGGAAAAGCACUGGAAAUCUGAAGGACGAAAUAAGAGAAAGAGUAAGAAGGCAAAACACCAUCAUCAUCACAAACGAAGACUGUCGCAAUCGCCUCCUCCGUCGGCUACUAUCGUACACUCACCUGAUAGAGAUAUAAUGAAGCUGAAAGUAAAACUGAACACAUUGCCAGGGUAUCGACAUAAGGAAGAUAAACAUCAUAGGCAUGCCAAACACUAUAACGGUAGCGCGUCGUCAGCAUCUUCAAUUGUGUCAUCUCCAGGCAGAUCGUCUUACAAAGAAGAUGACUCAGUAUUAUCAGAACAAUCUUGUGACAGUGUUGCUUUACCCAAAAAAUCUCGUGAAGAAAUUAAAUUGCCAGAUGAAAAGCAGCAGCAUGUAGGGGAUGUUCAAAAAUCUCAAAUGUCUCGAUCUUCUUCACAGGCCGUAGUCGAAUCUCCUAAGGGUGAAACUUUGGCUAUGGAACCAUCGCAACAAGUUCGAGCUGUACGAUCCAAACCUAAACCGACCGUCGAACAGCAAUCCAACAACGAACCGUCACACGGUAAAAUGAUAAUAAUGCCUCCGUCGUCAAUCACAGUUAGCAUAAUAACGGCUGAAGAAAAGUUGAAGAUGGAAAAGGACAAGACGCUCAUGUUAACSGGUAAUCAUGACUUCGAAAACAAACGACCAUCGUUGGAAAUUGUACGUGUGAACGGUCCUCCYACUACCCCUCCAAUAACCGUUGAAGUUCCUAAAUCCAGCCCCAAGCCCAAAGAACAGCACGAAGAACAACCCGCACCAUCAAGGCCGAAGACCAAGAAGCCCGUGCCGGCGGUUAUUCCUAUCAAAUCUGCUAAACCGUCGAUAACCAUCAUACCUCAAAGUCGAAGUCCUAGCAACAGCAACAACAAUAACAACAACAAUGGGAACAGCAAUGGUACAAAACCUGAAGAAAUUAAGACCAGUGUGACGAUAUCGUUGGAAAAUGGAUCUCACAACGACUCGGCGUUAGAUUUGUCCGGUAAAUCGUCCAGGAAAGACUGCGGGCCACAAUAUAACACAGUCAACAAAAACAAUAGCAGCAGUAACAACAACAACAACAGCAACAAGGGUAUAUCGUCUUCACACACAAACGGUAAUAGUGGCCAAUACGACCCUCCAAGCAUGAGGAACUUGAUGACGCUCUCGGACACUGCGGUACAUCUUAGAAACAUGAUGACUACUUCGUCGUCGUCUAGUAAGGAACAACAACAGCAGCAGGAUGCGAAAAAACGGUACGGMAGCCACCACCAUAAUAACAACAACAUCAACCAUGGCGGAAACGGUUCAUGUUCGCCKAAACGUCACAACGGAAACGUACCGCUUCGGAUUCCUGUACCACCUAAUUCCGGUUCGUUCGUCAAGUCAUCCGGCGCCGCAUCUCACAAACCGGGAAAAGUGUCUGUAGCAUCUCGCACUUCCGACACAAAACCCAAACACGGGCCCCCCAACCAGGCCGUCCGACACAUUCCAAACCCGUCGGUGCUGUUGUUUAGGCACCAUCAACAGCACYUGGCGCAGUUUGCAGCAGCCGCCGCCAAUGCUGUGGCCGCCAACAGCAACAAGAGACCAAACCCUCCGGUGCCGUCCGCAUCCCGGAUACCACCACACCCGAUGCCGGCUGCCAUACCACUGBACWCYAUCCGGAAAAUGGAGAACCUGACUAAAAACAUCGAAAAAGUCGCUGCAGGGCUAUCGGUCAAGGCCAACGCGCUUUACAAGCAAAAUUUCAUCGAGAACGGCGGACGUGCACGCCUAGAACUCCCGAGUUGAAGUACUAUAAAUGCUACAUUCAGUGGCAGUACCACCUACCGGUGAAUUAUUAGUUUUAUUAUUAUAUAACUAUUAUUUAUUAUUAUUUUUAUUAUAAUGUUUUAAGUCUAUUGUGAAAAACAAAAAAACUGUUUUUUCCAUUGUCGGGCUAGACUGACAAUGCGCCGGGCAAAUUGCAAUACCCACUGAAGUUUAUUUUUAUUUAUUUAUUAAUUUAUUUCCUAAUUUAUUAUUAAACCACUGCGUUUUUAAGACGACCCAUUACUAUUAGGAGGAUKGUACAAAGUUAAAUAAUAUUUUAAUCGAGGGGGCGGGUGUGACCUCUUACAUUGUAAAUUUAUAUUAUAUUUUAUUGUGGUUUUAUCAUUUAACUGGUAGAUGUAGACUGAAUUUAAUUAAGACAAUUUUUUUAUGUCAAUAAAAACAUAAAAUGACUUUUAUCUUUGUAAAUAUUAUGUAUAGUAC